AUGUUUCGUUUGCUGCUUUGUGCAGCGCUUUUCUUUCAGCAGGCCCUCGCAUUGAAGGAGACCAUCGACCUUGGAUACGCGCAAUACCGUGGGAAAGAUAUCGGCAAUGGUGUCAUACGAUGGGCUGGUAUGCGGUAUGCCCGCAGGCCAAUACGUUCAGAUGGACUUCGAUUCGCUGCACCUCAAGAUCCCGAAGAUGAGCGCAAUGUUGUUGACGCUACAAAGUUUGGACCCCUAUGUAUCGGCACCAAGAGCAGCCUGGCAGCCGAGUUUGGGGGGAAACACUCGGAAGACUGCCUGUUCGUCAACGUCUUUGCACCAGAAAGAGCUACCAACAAAAGCAUGUUACCGGUUUAUGUCUUCAUUCAAGGCGGCGGCUUCAACAUGAACGGCAAUGCGAAUUACAAUGGUGCAGACUUGAUCGAUGCCGGCGACGACGGCAUGGUUGUGGUCAACUUCAACUAUCGAGUAGGGCCUUAUGGAUUUCUGGCUAGCAAAGAGAUUGUCGCAAACCAGAGCCUGAGUUUGAACAACGGACUGAAAGAUCAGAGGAAGGCACUCGAAUGGGUCCAGAAGCACAUUCAGCAGUUCGGAGGCGAUCCGGGGCACGUUACCAUUGGAGGCGCAAGUGCUGGUGGGGGUUCAGUGGUCUUCCAACUUACCGCAUACGGAGGUCGAGACGAUGGCCUCUUCCACGCCGCUGCUGCUGAAUCUCCAGCCUUUCCGUCCAUGCGAGAUGUCGAGAACAGCCAAUGGCAGUAUGAUGAGCUACUACACCAAACCGGAUGCGCGGAUCUCAAUUGCAUGGCCAGCUUGGAUGCGGUCAUCUUCCAGGAUGCUGUACGUACUCUCCUGAAGCCUUUCCCAGGCGGCAAGAACCCACCGCUUUACUUCUGGAACCCGACAUUGGACUACGAUUUCAUCAAAGACUUCACCUUCAACGAAUUGAAGGCUGGCCACUUCGUCAACGUGCCUACUAUAUUUGGUACCGCCACAAACGACGGGAUCAACUUUGUGGCCAAGAGUAUCAUGUCUCAACCUCGAGCUCAAGACUUCCUAGUUGAUCAAUACCCCGGUAUAAAAUGGGACACGAUUCGUCAGCUUUGGGAUGGCAACAUUGGUACCACUGGCGACGCUCGCUGGAGAUCAUUGACCGCCGAUGUCUAUGGUUAUAUCCGCUAUAACUGUCCUAGUCUCAACAUUACUGAUACGUACGCCCUCAACAACACGAACCCGACUUGGCAGUACAGAUGGAAUGUUGGAACUGCAUCACACGUUGGCGAACUCCUGCCAAUCUGGAACAAUGCCACUUCAGCGGCUGGUGUCUUUGUCCAGGCGUACUGGGCAUCAUUCAUACGAAGCUAUGACCCAAACACCCACGCCGCAGAGUAUCUAGUCUCCAAGGGUUCAGAGCUACAGAGCCCGGACUGGCACUCGUUCGGCGCAAGCGAAGGGCAGCGAUUAAGCUUCAACGACAAGAAUGAAGUAGCCAUGGAAGCUAUUCCCGAGACCGAGUGGCAAAAGUGCGAUGCCAUCGACGACAUGGGUUUGCACCUGAAGCAGUAA